CCGUAUGACCACCGUAUGGGAAAACGCAUUUGUCUCCAAAAGUUACGAUUCUGACAUCCCCUUGUUUUCUACUUCCAAAGCCCCCCGCCCCCCGACUCAGUUAGCCCAGACGGCUAAUUCGAAUGAAAUGCCGUCCUCUUGUUGGGAUUCUCCGCUGAGGGUUCGCCUGCCCGGCUAAUAACACGGCGUUUGCUUUAGCAUUAGCCAUCAGCUCACCGCCAUUGACAUUUCUCCGACAUGAGCUGUCGCCCUCUUUACUUUACUUUUUGCCCAAACGACGUUUAAUGCGACGCGACCAUGGAGACCGAGCGGAGCAACUGUAGGCCAAGUCCGGUAGACAAUCGAUUCUCCAUCACAACAACAAUAUGAUGGACAGCUGUGAACACUUUGCACACUCUCAUCCAUAAGGGUUAGGCCAAGUCCGGCGUCAUGUCUUCAGGUUCUGUAUGGACAAGGGCUUGCGCUGAUGACAUGGACUUUGAAGCGUCCGAGGACGGUCUCAGCACUGUCGCUCCUGGGGACCACCCAGCGAACAGCAAUGAUGGCAUGUCCGACUUCUCCAACAGUGACAUUUCGCUCCCCGAAGUCUGUGUCACCACCAACUUUGAGGAGACCAUGACCAAUGAGGUCCAGCAAGCCUAUAGGAUCUUCUCUGGCUUACUUCUGGACAAGCACAAGGCACUUACCGGCCUGUUCCUCCACGCCGUGGGACAUCAGGAGGUCCAGUGUGGUGUCGGUGGUGUCUGCGCUCCUGGUCAGGCGAGGCUCAAGCAGUCCAUGUGCUUGCGGAGGAUGGAGGAGAAGUUUGUCAGCCUGGAGUAUCAGAGCAUAACAGAGUUUGUGGCUGACUUCAGGCUGAUGUUGGAGAACUGCUACCGCUACCAUGGCGUGGACCACUGGCUCUCCAAACAGGCUCAAAAGCUGGAGAUUAUGUUAGAGCAGAAGCUUACACUACUGUCCAGGACUCUUCGUGAGAAGACCACGUUGGCAGUGACCUCCAAAGGGCGCUUUGGCACAGAGGAGGAGCGAGCUCCGGGAGGAACCUCCACAAGGAGGCGAUUGUCAGCUCGAAGCUUGGCGACGAUCACCGUCAGUGGGCAUGAGUCGGUCAUGGUGCAGGCCCUCAGGAUAGAAGAGCAACAGAGGGCCAAAGAGGAAAAGAGGCAACGUGAGCUGGAGAAAAGAGAAGCGGAAGAAAUGUCGGCCAAGGCCGUGGAAGAGUGGGAGCAGACUUUGCUUUCGCAGGCAUCCCCCAAUGCCGUUGACAUCCUGUGGGAGCUCCCCGCCAUCGGCCACUUUCUAUGCCUGGCCCAGACGGUGCUCAACCUUCCAGAGAUUGUCUUCUUCGAGCUGGAGCGCUGCCUGCUGAUGCCCCGAUGCAGCAGUCUCCUCUCCAAAAUAAUGUCAUCCCUCCUGUCUCCAUUGCAGCGGCGGGCCACCUUGCACCGCCGUCCGGCUCUGCCGUACCGCCGCUGGGAGGCGGAGCUCAGGCUGCGCGUCAAGGCCUGGUACCGCAGUGUCGGGGGUGCCCGUGAUCAACCAGCUCGGGCUGAGCAACUUGGACUUUGUCACCAGUUUUUCCGCAUAUUGGGCGAGACGAGUCCCUUGGAGGAGAAGCCGUUUCACUUGCUGCCCUUCUGCCAGCGGGUGUGGCUUCUCAAGGGCUUGUGUGACCACGUGUACGAGACACAGAAGGACGUUCAGGAUGCUGUGCUGGCCCAGCCCAUUCACGAAUGUAGGGAGUCCAUUUUGGGCUACGACAGCAAGGACAACGCCUACAUCCAUUUCCCCCAUUUCUGCGGGGCAGACUUGAGGAUCUACUGCCAGAGCCCCAGCACACCGCCUGCUUUUCCUUUCCCUUCAGCAUUGGUGAGGCGGGCUUAUCUAAAUACUGAAGAUUCUGACGUCCUGAAACACGAGGAGGGACAUGUUGGAAGCGCAAUGCACACUGACAUCUCUGAUGGUUUGGAGAAGACACUGAAGUAUUUUAUAAAGGAAAAUGGGGAUAGACAGGAACAUGAAGAAAGGUUCAGGUUUUGGCCCAUGAAGAAAAAAGAAGAGUCAGGGUCAUCGGAGGGAGACUCCAGUGAUGAGUUAAGCCGAAGUAGUCGCACUAGCCACUUUGUCUCAAGAAAACCCACAAAACCAGAAACUGUCGAAUCGGACGAUCGAUCCGCAACAUUCGAAGAUGGCCACUCCUUGGGUUGUGUACGUCCCAUAAAAGAAGAGACUCAGAAUCCUUGUCUGAAUGUAGGGGAACACACCUACACGGGUAGGUCACCGGCUCGCUCUGCGGACACCACAUAUUCACCGAUCAAAGCUUCGGGAAUCAAAAUGGAGGAAGGAAACCUGAGCACGGGACACCACCAAAUAGCUCCCUGUUUGAAAUGUAGCCAAACUGUCAAAUCAUUACAGCGAGGCUGCCGCUGCCCGCUUAUCCACCUUGCGCAAAACUCCAGCGAUGAAGAGGAUGUCGCCGGCAUAACGUGGUCUAAAAAAGAGAAGUGCAAGAAAAAGCGAGGAAGGAGGCAGCCACAGCAGGUGGAAAACGUUGAGGCAGCUGAAUCGGCAUUACCGGGAGUUUCCACAAGCAUUCCGAGGAAAGAUAAAAGGAAGAAACAGAAAAAACGAAAAAAAGUUGACUCUGCAAAGAAAAUCAAUGAGCCUUCUGUUGAGCCAUCGUUUAAGUUGGUUUGCACCAGUCUGCAAGAGUUGCGAGAGCUUAUCAGCAGAAUAGAGGACGAGCUUGACGACCUGGAGAGCACGAAAAAUAAAUUGGAUCGAUGGUAUUUACGAAAAGAAGCUGUGAAAGAGCUCCACGGCACUCUAAUCAGACUACUGAAUGAGCUAUCACCCUGGGAACCAAAACUUGUGAAGGCCUACCAAAGAAACAGGCUUCGACUGAAGAAGGAGUUUGACGAUUUCAAGAAGCAUCCAGACUACAACAACUUUGUGCGAGAGGAGUGCGUAUCAUCGUCAUCCUCGUCGUCAUCCGAAGAUGCAGAAACCGCGCUGUUGGAUCGCCAACGAGGAUCAGAGGAUGAACUGGAAUACCUGCUUCCAAGAGGUCUUUGGACUGGAGCAAGCACCGGGGACUUUGAAACUGAAUCUGUCGGUGAGAGGUCACCAGCCUUUGUAAUCCAGAAAAAACAUCCAGAAACUGUUGAACAACUGUCAAGAGUUCAGGCCGACAGCAGCACCGCCGCCACUUUCGCCCCGGACGCUGGUGCGAAGUCUAAAUGUGAAAUGAUUCAGUCCAACACGGACUGGGAUGCGGGAAAGGCGGUCCAUGCUUCAUUGACAUCCGCACUUCACAUUGUCAAACCGACUCCUGGACUGCCCAAAGGCUAUACGCCCAUUCCCACCCUCCUUGCGAAGAGCGUCGGUAACAAAGUGACCUUAAUGAAACGGCCUGUUGAUUUCUCAGGGCUUCACAACACCGAUAGACAAAGUGAGGGAUGUUCAAGCUCCCCGCCUACGUCUACCGCGGGGAGCGCAAACCCACAAUCACAAACGACUCGCCCCAUUUCACAACACAACUCACUGGAGACAGAAGGCGAACGCGCAGUUGGACGAACCGGAACGGUCAAAGUGGCAACAGCUCCUCUUACAACGGAUCGGGCGAAAGCAAGCCAGAUUUCAUUGCCGAGUCCUCUCCACGUGGUCUCGACUGUUCCAGGAGGGCGGGAUCAAUCUGUCAGGAAAGGGGAACGCAAUCCAGCUGAGAAGCCUGAGCAAUCUCUUCAUGACUACAGUAGGCCGGAGAAUAUGAUGCAGCAGGUGGUGAUUGCACCUUCCAAGCGUGUCAUUCACCAGUCCAAGGAGCAAAAAUCGACGGGACCCAUGUACUUGUCCACAAAUGUACCUGGCUUUACCAUUCCCGACACUGUUCAGCAAGUGACUCCUCUGAAGGAUGCUUGGACAGUAAAGACCCCUUCCGUUUCUUCCCCGCCUUGCCAGCAGCACGGGACCCGAAACACCCUCGGGUUCCAGGUGACACAUCCAUCUCAACCAAUCACUUCACACAACACUCAUCCAAACCCUUCAUCCGUCAUAUCGACAACCAUUUUGCCCUCUUCUCUGCCACCUCCACUUCCCGAACACAAGCAGGAACUGAAGACGGUCUGCAUACGCGACUCGCAGUCCAUCCUCGUGACGACGAGAGGAGGCAACACGGGCAUUGUCAAAGUGCAGACGUCGUCCGCCCAGAAUGCACUUGAUGGUUUGUCCGCCGGUCCCGUCAUCACCAUUUCACCUCAGUUUAAGGCGUUCCUCGUGUCCAAGAGUGCAGAGGCCUCUUCGAUCCCCUGUCAGAAGAUUCCUUCUCCCGCUGCUGCAACUGUGGCCAGUGUCUCAGUAGCGCAACCUCAAACGCAGAUUUCUUCAGUCUCACAGUCCUCUGCCAUCGCAAAUACGACAGGCCCGAGAAGUUUGACUUCAGUCACGCCCGUCUCCUCGGUGAGAGGACCCCACAAAUCUGAUGGCUCGACAGUUACAAGAAACAUUUUCCACCCUUUGCAGACGUCAACAAACAGUCGUACCGUGGAUGUUCUUGCACAAGCCGAGGUCGUCGGUCAGCCCGCUUUGAAGCGGCCCAACACGGAGGAGCAACCCAAAGUUACGAAAUUCAUCCUGGUUAAUCCCUCCUCCUCCUGUGCCUCUGCCGUAGCUGUUCCAAAAGAGGCAUCUACAAAUCCGACUCUUGCUCCAAAAGUGGUCGUCCUCAACCAAUCCUCCGAAACGGUGUCCGGCGCUUUAGCGGGACGUGCCGCAAAUCAGGCCGCGACAACAGGCCUGAAAGCACAACGGAUAACGACGUCGUCAUCAAGUCAAUCUCUGAAGACGGGAUUCAACCCAGGUUUUGACUCAAAUGCACCGUCCAAGGGAAAGAACAUCACCCUUCCAACAGGUCUCCAGAUCCAGUUGUCAGGGAUGACAACAACUAUCGGACAGACCAUCGGUGCCCUGUCACGUUGCAUUUCCAAAAGCACGCCCGGAUCAAUCUCGGAUCCAGGACGUUCACUAGCAACCGCCACUCAAUCGGCUCCAUUCACAAAGCCAAAAACUGUCACCAGCUGUCUUAGCCAGCUUGUCGCCAACGCGACUCUGACCAGAACCUCUCAACCGCAGUCUUUCACAAUAGCCUCCCAUCUAGGCUCUUUCAUUUCGACGACCGCUCCUCAUCCUGCAGCGAGUCUGCCCUCCGAUAUCUUGGCCAGCCACUCAACCGUGACCUCAACCGUGCAGGGCGAUCCGAACCCAACCUCUAUGACCGCGCUUGCUCAUCAGCCCUCGCAUGCGCUAGCUAACGAAGCGACCCAAAUGAUCUCUCCUCUUCACAUAGCUCUCAAUAAAAGCCAAUCGCAAAUUUCCUCAGCAAACGCCAACAGUACACAAUCCAUGAGCCCUGCCACCGGGGCUAACAAUACCCAGCAGAGGAUCGUCAUCAACACCUCGAAGCCCCUUGCCGCUGGCACACAGAUCCUCUUCAACAACACCUAUUUUGUCGUUCCUCCCCAAGGCUUAGGUCCAGGUAGCCAUGUGCUCAUCAUCUCCAGCCCUCCUCCACAGAAAGUGCCUAAUGCCACCAUGAGCAGCAUUGGAUCGGCGACACCUUUGCAAGGAGCAAGCCAGGGUCCAACGACCCCUCAAGGACCAAUUUUACCCAAAUCGCAAGUCAGGUUGCCUGGUGUCCCAGUCGUGAAUUCCCCUUUUGCAGCAUGCACACCGGCUGUUGUUCCAGUAAACGUCCAGGGAUCCGCACAAUUACCACCAAACGUAAGUCUUUUAUCUGCGCCGAGCUCACAGCUUUGUGCCUCUUCGUCACCUGCGCUAACCAGCCCGCCUCAGUUCGUCAACCGAGUAGCCCACCUUUCGUCAGUCAUAACCGGCGGCAUCGGUGUUGCUUCUUCACCCGCGCCACUUGGUGCCGAAUCUUCCGCCGCCAUUUCCCAUGCAAACGCAUCCGCGUUCCCUCGAUUGCCUGCUCCUUUAUCAUCUUCGCCCAGCCCCGCGGCCCCUCCCCGCUCCCUCCCAGACACAACUAGGGACUCGUGCAUGCAGCCGCCCCCUCCAUCUGGAGUUACGGCACCCUCUAUUACGCAUCAGGGCCUUGGCAUCACCUUGGUCUGUAAACAGGCGCCGUCAGUCAUUCAUAAAAUGUUCACAGGCUCAUUCAUGCCAACCAUCCAGAACCUGCCCACCUCAACAGUUAGACCAAUCCAAAGCACCACGGAUGCUUUGGAAAGGGCAUGUACGGUUCCCUUAUCUCCACCCACCACUACGUUUCAACCAGUCACGCUGCUUAGCACAAACCCCAUCCACCAGCCCAUCGGCCUGACCAAUCAGGCAGCGGUCAAGCCCUCUCUGCAGAAAUCCCCGUUAGGUAUGGCUAACAGUGGAGCAAACAACCUGCUUAUCAGUCCGGACGGUGCCAUUUUGAGCUCGGUCCAGGGCCAGGCCAAACCAGCUGAGCCGAACGCGUACCCCAAACAGAGUGCGCUGAUUCGCACCCCCAACAGUUCCGGCGGCGCUUGGCGUCACCAGCUGACACCAAGUCAACCAAAUAACUGAGACCAUGAGUUUGAAAUGGUUAUGUUCUUGUUAUUCAAACUGUUAUCCAGUUGUUAAAAAAAAAGUAGGGUCAGACCCUCUGUUUAGACUAUCAAAUACUGUUCAAGACUAUUAUGAUGUUUUUUUUUUUUGUUGUUGUCUUAUUUGAUAACUACUGAGGUUAAUGAACCAUCUGUGUUUUGGACUUCAUGGCCAGUAAUGACAACUGGGGGGAAAGGAGGUUAAACGGAUUUCAUCUUUUAUUGUAGUUAGUGCUUUUAAAAAGCCAGCUCUUUGAUGAGGUUCAUUGGUACAACUUGUCACUACUUUCAAUGUUUCAUAGAACAUCACACUUCUGCCUCUUUGUACGAGUUUGAAAAACUGUUUUACAUUGUAGGAAAUGUAAAUAGACCUUGUUGGAUUUGUACUAUGUUUGAGCCCAUGUAAAAUGUUUUGCAGUCACUUUGUAUUUAUUUUCUACCGUAUCGGUUUUCGGCAACUCUUUGCCAAGGUUCAUGGAACACAUGCGGAGUUACAAAGCGUGGAAAUAAACAAUGCAUCUGUG